UAUAAAUUAUUUAAGUGUAAGAGUUGAUAAUGAUAUAAAGAAUUUAUAUAAAUUAUUUAUCACUACUGGAAAAAAAUUAAAUAAGAUCUUGAUAAAUGGAUGAUGUUACCAAUAACAUUAGUGGGUAGAGUUAAUGCUGUAAAAAUGAAUAUAUUUCCUAGAUUACAGUAUCUAUUUCAAACACUACCAAUACAAUUACCGCAGAAGUUUUUUCAAGAGUUAAAUAAUGUGUGAGGAAAUUUCUUUGAAAAGGUAAGAUGUCAAGAAUAUCGUUGGAAAAAUUGACAUGGAAAUUUGACUUAGGAGGGUUACAACUUCCAAAUUUUAAGAAUUAUUGUAAAGCAAAUCAAUUUAGAUUUAUUGCAUCUUUUUUUGAGGAAGAAAGACCGGCAUGGAUUAGAAUAGAAUUAGAUAAGAUAGGAGAAAAUUGGCGGUGCGCAUGGACGCAGCUGCCCCUCGGGGAGUGAUAAGUGUAUCUAGUGUUUGUUCUGUUUGUUCUAGACGCAUAACAUACAGUCGGAAUAUGCUCGUUAACAUCAGGGCAUACUACGUCGGAAAAACUGACGAGUUCUGGUGUGACAUGGACAGUUUAUGCCGCUAUGGACUACUAUCCGCUACCAAGCCGGCUGCUUCCCGAGGGAGGAGGAAGAGAAAGCGCUUUGAGAAAAGACAGAGGAGGGGUAAGAGGGCCGGCGUCCAUGCGAGGCUAAAAGCUAACCCCACCAGGCCAGCGGUACCAUCCCUCCUGUUCUCAAAUGUCCGCUCCAUCGACAACAAGCUGGAUGAGCUGCGUCUGCUGAGAGAAACACACAAGGAAUUUAAAGACUGCUGUGUGUAUGUCUUAACAGAAUCCUGGCUCCAUGACAACAUACCGGACGUGGCGAUACAGCUAGAGGGAAUGACAUUGUUUCGUGCGGACAGAGAGGCAGUUAGCUCUGGUAAGAGCCAAGGAGGAGGUCUGUGUAUUUAUAUAAACAUAGACUGGUGUGUGAACGCUACAGUAGCUGCUAAACACUGCUCACUGCUGGCUGAAUUUCUCAUUGUGAAAUGCCGGCCGUUCUAUCUGCCGAGGGAAUUCACCAUUAUGCUUGUGGCAGCUGUCUACAUAGCUCGCAGUGCCAAUGCUAAGGCUAAUGGUAACGAAGCACUGGGAGGCCUACAUGAAGCCAUUAGUGAGCUACUGACUACACAUCCUGACAGCUUUGUGGUGAUUGCUGGGGACUUUAAUCACACCAGCUUAAAGACUGUGUUUGCCAAAUUCCUGCAAUAUGUGGAUUUCAAAACCGGGGAGACAACACACUGGACUUGGUUUAUAUCAACACACCACAGGCAUACAAAGCAGCCCCCCACCCCCAUCUUGGCCACUCUGACCACAUAUCUGUCAUAUUAACACCAGCAUAUAAACCACUGCUUAAACGUGUGAGAGCAAAGAAAAGAGAGAUAAGGGUCUGGCCAAAAGGAGCAGCCUCAGCACUACAAGACUGUUUUUUGCACACAGACUGGGACAUAUUCAAAAUAGCAGCCUCCUAUGAUGAUCAUACAGACAUUGAGGAGUAUGCAGAGGCAGUAAUCAGCUACAUAGCCAAAUGCACGGAGGAUGUCACUGUGAUGAAAACCUUCACCGCACGUGGUUAUAAAAAGCCAUGGAUGACAACAGAGGUGCGUUCACUGCUAAAGACCCGUGACACAGCCUACAGAUCAGGGGACAGGAGUGUGCUUCGCUCAGCCAGGUCUGCGCUUUCACUAGGGAUCAGGAAAGCCAAAAGGGCCUACGCGGGCAAAAUACAUGGACACUUCUGUGACACAGGUGACACCAGACGGAUGUGGCAGGGUCUCAUGAUGGAGCUGUCAAGGCCAGCUAUAUUAUUGCCAACGAAACAGCUGCUGCGUCGAAGCCAUACUCAGAGGGGGAAUUCAUCAAAGCAUGCAUGCUGACGGCGGCUGAGCUGGUGUGCCCUGAGAAGAGACAGGCGAUUCUCAAGGACACGUUCACCGAGUGAAGUUACUUCUUAGCUUCGCUCCAUUACCGUUUCAUUUUACAUUCAUGAGCACCUUUAUUUAAUCUACUUUUAUCUACACUAAAAGACUCACACAAUAAAAUUUUUUUUCUUUCUCUUGUGUAAGUUUGGAUUCUGAAUCUUGAAGAUAUGAGUAAAGAACCAAGUACAAAAGUUGAAGCAAGCAGCUGAGAAGAAGGGAGUGAAGAAAUCGGGUACAAAAAGUCUUUUUUAUAAAUACUGCUUGGGGAGAAGGAUCUGCACUGCGCAGGCGCGUGACGUAGUGUGCCAAGGUUUAAAAACAGACUACCAUAUACAGCGGGCAGCGGAGUGAGAGGAAGCAGAGUGGGACGGCUUUGGCUCAACAGGCUUUGGCGAGAACAGGAAGAGGCCAGGAGCCAAAGGACU